AUGGUGUCUAAUAUCAAAAUUCAGCCGGAUCUCGAACAGCUGAAGCAGCUGGCAGAGGAGAACGAUGACCAGAGCAUAAACAUGUACCCAGUGUACGCUUACCUGCCCUCUUUAGACUUGACACCACAUGUCGCGUACUUGAAAUUGGCCGAGUUGAAUAACCCGAAAAGAAAGGAGUCGUUUUUGUUGGAAGGUGCGAAGACUAAUAACGAUUUGGAUCGUUACUCCUUCAUCGGGGUCGCGCCAAGAAAAAUUAUUAAAACAGGUCCAACCCACGGGAUUGAGGAGGACCCACUUUCGGUCUUGGAAAAGGAGAUGUCGUCUUUGAAACUGGCUGAAAAUAUCCCAGGUUUACCAAAACUAAGCGGUGGUGCAAUCGGCUACAUUUCUUACGACUGUGUUCGUUAUUUUGAACCAAAGACGGCCAGACCACUAAAGGAUACUUUGAAAGUACCAGAAGCGUUUUUGAUGCUCUGUGACACCAUUGUGGCAUUUGACAACGUCUUUCAAAGAUUCCAAAUUGUUCACAACAUUAAUUUGAAUGAAACAAGCCUAGAAGAAGGGUACGAACAGGCUACUGGCAUCAUAAGCUCCAUAAUUGAAAAGUUGACGGACAGAACAAGCCCGAUCCCAUACCCAGAGCAGCCCCCAAUCAAAAUGAACCAAACUUUCACCUCAAAUAUCGGCCAGGAGGGUUAUGAAAACCACGUCCGUAUAUUGAAAGAUCACAUUAAGAAGGGUGAUAUUAUCCAAGGUGUUCCUUCGCAGAGGGUUGCCAGACCCACAUCUUUGCACCCCUUCAAUAUAUACAAACACUUGAGAACUGUCAAUCCCUCACCCUACCUGUUCUACAUUGACUGUUUGGAUUUCCAAAUAAUUGGUGCCUCGCCGGAGCUGCUGUGUAAAUCUGACUCUAAAAACAAGGUUAUCACUCAUCCAAUUGCAGGUACCAUAAAGAGAGGUAAAACUUCUAAAGAAGAUGACGAACUGGCAGCUGAAUUACAAGGUUCCUUGAAGGACCGUGCCGAACACGUCAUGCUGGUCGAUUUGGCCAGAAACGAUAUUAACCGUGUGUGUGACCCAUUAACCACGAACGUAGAUAAACUACUCACUGUACAGCGGUUCUCUCACGUGCAACAUUUGGUUUCGCAGGUGAGUGGUACCUUAAGACAAGAUAAGACGAGGUUUGACGCCUUUAGAUCGAUUUUCCCUGCAGGUACGGUCAGCGGCGCUCCUAAGGUUAAAGCUAUGGAGUUGAUUGGAGAACUGGAAGGCGAGCGUCGUGGUGUUUACGCUGGUGCUGUUGGAAACUGGUCCUACGAUGGGAAAACCAUGGACACAUGUAUUGCACUAAGAACCAUGGUUUUCAAAGAUGGUAUUGCCUACUUGCAAGCCGGUGGUGGGAUUGUUUUUGACUCUGACGAGUAUGACGAAUACGUCGAAACUAUGAACAAGAUGAAGGCCAACCACGCCACCAUUGUCCAAGCAGAAGAGAUUUGGGCUGCUAGAGUCGGCGAGGCAUAA